GGAGAUUCAAAAAGCACAUAGAAAUUUCUCUCUGAAGCACAGGUUAGUCUCUUCCUGCAUUGCCUAUAUUUUCAAUCCAUGUUCGAGAGAGUAAUUUAGAAGGCGGCUUCCAACCUAAAAGCAAAAACUUCAGGAGAGGGCUACAGGGUUUAUCGUGGAGGAGGGUUUCCGGGCUGAUUUCACAUUGGAAUUUGUUAGCACUGGUGAGUCCCUUCCGCAAUUGUCCAACAUCCAUGUUUAAUCUCAUAUGCAAAGCGUCGCCCUCUUUGAGGUCUUCUUUUAGAACUUCACCAACCCAUAAACUGUUUUUUCUUCAAGACCACCCGUUAUCAUCAUCAGGAAGAAUUCUCAAAUCCGUAGCAAACACUUCGAAUGAGCACUCAUUCACAGUCUGUUACCUCAUAAACUCAUGUGGGUUUCCUCCGGAAAAAGCUCUCGCAGCUUCCAAGUACAUGAAUUUUGAAACCCCCAACAAACCUGAUUCAGUGCUUGCUUUCUUUAGAAACCAUGGGUUCACAGAAACCCAGAUCUCAAAUCUUGUCAGAGGGUCUCCCCCAGUUUUACUAUGUAAUCCCGAGAAAACCCUUUUGCCCAAAUUCCAAUUUUUUACAUCUGAAGGCGUUUCAAGCACUGACCUUACCAAAAUAUUAACUCGUGCACCAAGUAUUCUGAAAAGAAGCUUGGAAAACCAAAUCAUUCCAUCUUUCCAUUGGUUCAAAAAUUUACUGCAAUCGCGUAAAAGAACAAUUUCCGCCAUGAAACGUAAUGCUGAAUUUUUGUGUCAUGAUUUUCAGACUAAUUUGGUGCCUAAGAUUAAUAUAUUGCGGGAUUUGGGUGUGCCGGAAUCGAAUAUUGUGGUUCUGUUAAUAUAUCACGCUAAAGCGUUAUGGACAAGUACUGAAAGGUUUAAAGAUAUUGUCCACGAAGUUAAGGAAAUGGGAUUUAACCCACGGAGAAUGAAGUUUAUUCGUGCAAUUCAUACGCGGAAAUCUAUGAGUAAGUCGACAUGGGAAAAGAAGGUGGAACUUUAUAAGAAGUGGGGUUGGUCUAUGGAUGAGAUCGUGGUUGCCUUUGGGAAGAAUCCAUGGUGUAUGUCAGCCUCUAAAGAUAAGAUUACAGGGGUAAUGGAUUAUCUCAUCAACGAUGUGGGUUUGGAGACUUCUGUAGUGGCCCAAUCUCCUAUAAUAAUUUCAUAUAGCUUGGAGAAGAGAAUUGUCCCUAGGUGCUCAGUUUAUCAAGUUCUGGUGUCAAAAGGUUUGGUCAGGAAGGAUUUUAGAUUGACUACAAUGUUUAAUUAUCCUGAAAACAAGUUUGUGAGGCAUAUUGAGAAUUCUUAUGAGAAGGAAGCUCCGGAGCUCUUGAAGCUAUAUCAGGAAAUAUUGGAUCUCUGCAAUAGUGCAAUGUCUUUUGCAGAGCUUGGAAGAGAAUUAUUCCAAGCUCUAGUACGACGUCGAAGGUUUAGAAGAAGGCUUCAUCAGGGUUUAUGCAGACGAAGGGUUUUAGGGCAAGAGUUUGAAAAUCACGUAGAGAUUAUUUGCCUUGGAAGCACAGGAACAAUUCUCAAAUCCGUAGCAAAUUCUGCAAAUGAUCAGUCAUUCACAGUCUCUUACCUCAUAAACUCAUGUGGGUUUCCUCUAGAAAAAGCUCUCUCAGCUUCAAAGUACAUGAAUUUUGAAACCCCUAAUAAACCUGAUUCAGUGCUUGCCUUCUUUCGAAACCAUGGGUUCUCUGAAACCCAGAUCUCAAAUCUCGUCAAAGGAUUCCCUCCAAUCCUACUAUGUGAUCCGGAGAAAACCAUUUUGCCCAAAUUCCAAUUUUUUACAUCUGAAGGCGUUUCAAGCACUGACCUUGCCAAAAUAUUAACUCGAGCACCAAAUAUUUUGAAAAGAAACUUGAAAAAUCAAAUCAGCCCAUCUUUCAAUUUAUUCAAAAAUUUACUGCAGUCACAUGAAAAAACAAUUGCCGCCUUGAACUAUGAUGGUGGAUUAUUAUGCUGUGGUUUUCAAACUAGUUUGCUGCCAAAAAUUGAAAUUUUGCGGGAUAUGGGAGUUCCCGAAUCGAAUAUUCUGGAUUUGCUAAUGUUCCGCCCUAGAGCGUUCUUGACGAGUAUUGAAAGAUUCAAAAAUAUUGUGGAGGAAGUUAAAAAAAUGAGGUUUAACCCGCAGAGAAGAAAGUUUGUUACGGCAAUUCAUAAUCCGUGGUGUAUGGCAGUGUCUGAGGAUAAGACUACAGGGGUAAUGGAUUAUCUCAUCAAUAAUAUGGGUUUGGAGACUUCUGAACUUGCCAAGAGGACAAAUAUCCUUUCACAUAGCUUGGAGCAGAGGAUUGUCCCUAGGUGCUCAGUUUAUGGACUUUUGUUGUCGAAAGGUGUGGACUUGAAGGGUUUUCAUUUGACUACAAUGUUGGUAGUUUUUGAAAAGAGGUUCGUCGGGCAUAUUGAGAAGUCUUAUCAGAAGGAAGCUCCUGAGCUCUUGAAGCUAUACCAAGAAAUGUUGGAUCUUUCAAAGUGA